AUUCAUUUGGGUUAUACGUCACAUAAAAUUGCUGUUGCUACUCAAUUUACUAGAGGAUAUACAACAGCUAUUCAAACAUUGCAUACGAAUAAAGCCUUCAGCUGCUGAACAUAAACAAAUGCUCUAUGUUGCGAUGCAAUGCUUAGCAACACUUUUUUGGAUAAGAGGGUUGUAAAUUGGCAGAAACAUGUUAGUUGUUGGCUUAAUGAUUUCGACACAGUACGCAACACUAAUAGCACAUCUAAGGUGGUACCGCAUUCAAAGGAGAGGUGUUUUUGACCUUUUCAUGUUCUUUCAUGUUCAUCCUCGCCUCAUAUCUGUUCCAGUGCUGUGGCUGUAAUUAUAGGGCCGACCAGAAUUUAUUGUGAAUAUCUCACAGAAGUAUUAUGAAGCACGCCCAUUGAAUCUAUUCUCAUUGGCUCAUUCCCAAUAAAACCAUCAAUGGUCUUCCAUUUGACUUCUUCGACCAGUGAGUUCUACGUACUUAGGCACAGAGUAGACAAAUGAAAAGGCAAACUGGAAAAUAUAAGUAAAUAUUUUGUCAAAAAUCAAUUAAGUAUUUAUUUCAGUUUUUCUAUAGAUUCUUAUACUUCGUGUGAAAAAUUAGUCUUAUUAGUUAAAAGCAAGUUUUAUGUUUUUGAAACCUUUCUCGACUUCCUUUGUUAUUAUUUUUAUUGCGGCCUCAGUUGGAGAUUAGAAGUCUGGGUCGAUUGGCGGGCGAAAUUCAAAUUCUGUCCCAGGGUUCUUCUGGUACAUAACGGGAGAAACAUCAAUGGCGUUGGGUUGACAUGUAGACAUCUUCUGGAAUUUGGUGGAGAAACAGAAGCUUGCUUGUGGAUUUUCCGUUUAAGAUAGAAGAAAUUACCCAGCAGAGACUAACGCUGCCAUGGAUUUCACUCCAUGCAAGUCUAUGCAAAAAGAUGACCUUGAAAUCACACGGAAUCCGUUCGACAGCCGAGAAUUCGAUAAAGAAAAUCUACCAGCGUUUAGUCCAUCAAUUUUCGUUGUGUCAGGAUGUAGAAGUUCAGAAAAGAAAAAUAAAAGCUUCAGAUGGUCCAUAGAUCAAAUAGCUGCUUUGAAGCCAGCAGAGAUUGAUGAAUGUCCAAAUCAAGAGUACAGUGCAUCAUAUGAGAGAGAAGAAGAUGAAAUUGCUGCACAAAAUGCUAUAAAUGAAUAUUUCUCAAAUGUCAUAUUACCAUCUCCAUGGACAAGAAAUAGCAAAGAACACGCUUUUAAAAGGGUGACCUUUUCACCCCAUCCACCAACAUAUUUCAAAGAAGCAGCUUAUGAGUCUAGCAGCAGUUCCUCUGCCAAUAGCAGUCAAAAUGACGGUGAAAAGAAAUUUGUUGAUGGCUCAUGCCAAACAACGUUAACAAUACCACCGAAUUUCGAUUUAAUGAAACUUUUAGGAGAUAAAUUUUAUACGUAUGUAGAACAAGAGAAGGAACCGACUACCAAAGACAUCAAUGUAAGCACGCUAAGGCGAAAGCUGUUUUCGCAAGGAGAGGUAUCACCAACAAGAAAUGAGGAAGAUGCUAAAGAUAAUGAUGGAUUAAAAGCAAGAAUCAAGAGUGGCAGCACCCCGCCAAGAACACCUCGCACUCCAAACUGGGUGACAUCCAGCCCAUUUCGUGAUGGGACGCCACAUAAGGGUCUCACAUCAGAUAACGACUCAGUUCUCCAGUCUUCUUUCGUCUGCGACCCAUUGAACAGUCCCGUGUUGUCACCAAUCAAAACAGCAGACGAUAACAACAACAAUGAAUACGACGAAGAUGACGACAUCGACAUCGCCAAAUCUUUUACGAGACUCGAUUCGUCUGAUUCCUCAUUUGACUUUUCUAUAUCUUCGAUAAAAAAUUCGCCGUUACGCGCAGAAAAGCUCGUAAGCUCGGAUCUAGAGCUUUCACCAGGUGAUCGUCGAGGUAAAAGUGUCGCAUUCCAUCCCAAAAGCUUCGCAGUUGAAACCAUGUCUGCCGAACCAUCAGAUUCGUUCGCGGAUAUAAUAGAAUCAACCAGAGUUGCGCCCGUUGAGAUACCUGGAUUUUCGCCAAUCAAACGUGAAGAUGACAUGGAUGUUUCGAUGAUGUCUGCAUCCAAGUUCGAACCCCAUAUGCACUAUGAUAGAAAUUCGAUAAAAGAAUCGACAGCAAACCAUAUCCAUGGAAUAACAGGACUGUUUUCGCCAAUCAAAGACGGUCGCGAAUCUGUUAGAGGCCAAAGCAACGAAAAUGAUGAUAUCUGGGAGGCUGCAGAUCACCAUGGCAAUGCUAAUGACGACAGCGUGUAUGACGAUGGGCCUUUAGAUAUAACUGACUUAAGUUUACCGCCAGAACUGUCUAACGGAAUCGAGAAUCAUGACAGCCAGGACACAACAAGCGAAUCUGACGCGGCCUUCGAAAUCGUCGUAUCGUCUUUUCCAACACCAAAACGAGGCAUCCUGAAACAUACUUCGCAAAGAGACACGCCUAUAGUUGUUAAUCCAAAGAAUACCUACGAAAAUAGACUGGAAAAUAUUGAAGAGAAAAUAGGCCUUGUGGAGAAUGAAAUAGAAAUUGUAAAAAAUAAUUGUGAGAAUGACAUUAGAGAAAUAAAGAGGUGUCUCACACCAGCAAAGAAACUCAUCAAUGAAAGUCAGAAAAAUAAAAUAGCGAGUUUUACCUCACAAGAUGGCAAAGAUGUUGCGUAUUUCAAUAGACUAUCUACUUCGCUAGUUAGGCCGUUAAUUGAUUUGAAAAGAAAUGGAUUUAGACAGCCAUUGCAAGACUGCACAAAUAGAAGUACACAUUCGGAUAAAGGCACCCAUGACCGAUCGUUGCAAGGAAGUGAUAGCUCAAAGGAAGAGUCGAUCGUUCGCAAUGGAUAUUUUGCACUUGAUAGAGCAAAGAGAGUGCAACGGAAGAUUGACGAAGAUUUUGAGCUAUGUUUUGACACGAGAUCCAGAGACAAGAACAGUCCCGUCUUUGAUAACAAUGAUAUUGAAUCGGCAGAAGUAGCCAAGAUCUUAACGGCAAACACCAGUGAGAGGCUGACACGUGAAGGUCAUAGGAUUGACUUUAUUAGGGCCAAUAGUGACAUCAGAGCACCCAUGGAAGGAAAGUUCAGGGAAUACAGGUUCCGCAAUGUACGAGAAUCUCUAAACGAUUCCUGGGAUUUUAAAUCCAAAAGAGGAUCAGACAUUGGUGAGAUGGACAGUUCCGUGUUUUCUGUUAGCCACGGAGAUAAUGGCACGCCCACUCCAAUCAUGAACUUAGCAGGCCUAAGUAUUUACAACGCACCAAAGGAUAACAGAACGGCAGGCACAUUGCACAAACCUAUUCCAAUCGACCGGAGAUGGAUUAUUGAAAGUGGCAAAAUUGAACGAAGACAUACAUGGCCUAAUGUAAAGCCGUACAAAGCAUAUUCAGGUAGAACGGUGUCCCCGACUUUUUCAUCAAAACAUCGAGCAUCAAGGGGCUAUUCGUUUACGAAGCAAGAUGUUGUCAGUCGCUUAAGAGAUGAGUGGAAGCUGAGGCCAAACUCUAGAACAAGUGGCUAUUCAGCCUCUCGGUGAGAAAUACUAGAGUCAAAACUUUUUUGAGUUAAAAAAGAAUAGAUCUUUUUCUUUAUGUAUAUUUGUGUAAUAUAUUUUCUGUCUUUAAAUUACUCAAGCAAGAUACAAAUUUUUCAUGUUAUAUUGAGUUAAAGAGUUUGGUCUACUUUGAAAGUAAAUAUUUGGAAUUAAGAUUCAAUUUUACAAUAGCUUUCGUAGCAUCAUAUGUCUUCGUCAGCACAGAAAUGGCUGUCAAGUAAAAGGGGGAAGGUUUAGCGCAUUUCUCAAUCUCAUUCAAUCUCAUGUCACAAAGGAGUAUCACCAACAAAACACUAACUAAUAGAACUCGCUGAUAUUUCUGACUUAUAAAUAAUUGUGAUUGUCUCGAACCCCUAAAAAGGAGAUUUUUCAAUUGCAUCGCACAAAAGCUCAGCUUGGAUAUGCCUCAUUUUUAGAAAACCUAAAUAUCGUAAAAACAAAAAAUCUACCGAAGACUGCCUUCCUUCCUUAUUCCCUAGCCAAGUCCUGUUUAAUAUAAAUAAGAGAAUUCACAUAGACUGCCUAAUACAGCAUUGUAAAUGUUUACCACGAACAAUGUUUUGUUUAGCAAGGAUGCCUUGUAUAUGUUAUCAAGGGGUAUAUGCAUUAUCACAGGUAAGAUGUGCAUUCGAAAAAUUUAUGCCUGAAUUUUCCAUGUUGCUAGAGAAUUAUGCAGUUUUAUUUAUGCACGAACUUAAAAUUUUUUUCCUGAUUUCACUGAUUUUUUAUAACGUUGUUAACAGAAUCAAGUGAGUUGCCUAUACUCCCUGUUUCAGCACAUAUGUUCCCCUUGCUCCUUCAGACAACAUUACGAGCUACUCUGCUUUUCUCAAACCAAAAAAUACAGUCAACUUAUCACACUUCAGCAUUAUGUAAUCGUGGAUUCGAUUUUAUUGUUACAAAUCUUUUUGUUACCUAUAACGUGUAUUUUUGACACAACUGGGUGCGCUUUAAACUACUGUAAAUUGAAUAAUUAUUUUUGUUUGGCCUAAAGUAUCAUGUAAUUCAAUUAUAAGGCAGAGAAAAUCAGAAAUUUUUUACUCUCUUGCAAUACCCAGCGAGCAGUAAGCUUUUUGGCUUCUUGAUUUAAGAAACUGCUUUAGUUUUUGUCCUACGCCCAGAAAAUUCUGCAUGCGUGACGCAUUAGUUCCGAGUCCGAUGCUCGUUUCUGUAUGGACACAUGACUGAAAUUGCAUAUAUUUGACUUAAUUUGUUUGUGAUAUGUUUAUUACUGUUAAUUCGUAGUUACUAAAUUCUUUUGCUUUUGUAAAUUGUUUGGAAAGAAAUGUUGUUAAGUGGAAAAUUGUCAAUAUGAAAAUAUCUAGUUUUAAUUGUUGUUUAUUAAUUAUUGCAGCUCUUGAUUUUUCAUACGUUUGUCCAGAUGGAUGAUUAGCCACGUUGCUCAAUUGCUAUUUUGCUAACCCACAGCAAGAAAUAAUCUUAAUGGUAGUUUAUUGAGGAAGUUUUGACGGCAUGUUGAGGCCUCUAAAUAAUAAGGCUCGUACAUUAAAACCAAGAAUUUUAUGGAAAUAUGAACAUAAAUGUUGGUUUUCUUCUAGGGUUAAGGUUUCCAAAGGGAGAGCUGGUAUAGAACCAUUAAUAGUUAUAUCCUUUGCAAUAUAGGGCAUUGCCCCGUGGAAAAUAUUGUGCCCCAAGCAAUGUUUAUUUUAAGGGGAAUAGGGGUGUUUCUGAGGGUGACGGGAAUCACGCAUACCCUUCACAUUGGAGAUAAUACCCUUAGUUUUUCAUAAAUAUACCAGAUUGCGUGCGGUACAAUAUAAUGCUAUAAUAACAAUGAUAUGUAAGUUAAUUGCACCAGAAAAAGGUUUCUUAAAAUAAAUAACGACAUUUCGAGCAUAGCCCGCUAUCAAGUAAAAUAGAAUUACUUGUUACUAAGGUUAAUAAAUAGGUUUUAAGUUGAUAAUGUGCUAUGCUCGAAACGUCGUUAUUUAUUUCAAAAAAUUUCUCCUGGUGCAAUUUACUUACAAAUCAUUGUUAUUGCCCGCAACUCGCGCGCGAUAGCGCGCGAGUGAAGGGCUUAUAGUCUGCCCCGCGUAUAAGUAGCAUAUGGAAGCUUCAGUUCAUGUUGUCAGCACUUUGUCAGCAGAUUUUGUCACUUUUCUGCUGCCAUGACAACUGUCAAUCAAUUUCAUUGUCAAUCAAUCGGCUUUGUCGAGGAGGUCGUUAACCGCCACCUCUUUGUGCGGAAGGGAAUUAUCUUCGGAGCGUUGCUCUGCCAAUACUCUGUUAAAGGCCUUCGGUUUUUUGGCACGAAAACGGUGCUGCAUAACAGCUCGGUUCUCCGCAAUGGAUGGAAGUUUUGGUUCGAAGUUUUGGGAAUCAAAACCAGUCGAAUGCCACACCUUUCUCCCAAAAACUCGAGACCGUACGAGCAAAAGUUAUGAUUGGCGUGAUUAUCGAAAAAUAAAUGUCAAACCCUUGAAAAACUUUCAUGAUUUUCAAAAGGGCGUUGGGACUUAAAUCAAAGGCAAACUGAACACCAAAAAUUCUUGAUAAAAAGAAUAGUUUAGCAUCAACUAGAGCAGCUGUUUUUAAAAAAUUGUGAAAA